GUCUCUCUCUCUCCGUUUCCGGUGAGUGGAGACGAGACGGUGGAAGUGCGAGUGGCGCUAGAUUUGAAUGAUUUCUGAUCUUUUAGCUAUGUUUCUUCCUCUGUUGAGGCGGAUGGUCAAGUGAGUUUCUUGUCUUUUACUGCUUGGUGUGUUGAGUGAUUGGCGCUCUAUCGAGGUGCGUUCGGGAGGAAUGGCGUCCUCCGAAACGCCACCUCCGUCUCUCCGGCAGGGAGUGAGGAUCGUCCCCCGAAUAACAGCGUGACAAUGGAGGAGGUGUUUGCUGACUGUCGACCAGUUGGUGGCAGUAAUGCACCAGUUCAUUGUUUGUCAACCGCCAAUAAACCUCAAACAAGAAGAAGAAGACGAUGGGAGGAGUGUGAAGUAACACAGCAGCAGGUUUGGAGCCUCCACCCUGAAGCUGAAACUGCAGGAAACUCAGAGACACACGGUCGACCCUCCGCUCACCUGAACAGUCCAACCAUGGGGUCCUUCUCUCCUCGUCUUCCUCUCCUCCUCCUCUUCUCUUUCUUCACCCUGUCGGUCGAGGUAGUCGCAGCUUCAGAAUUCAAGAUCUGCGCCUACAAUUUGGAGAGAUUUGACUCUGCGAAAGCAUCCAACUCCAGAGUGCUACACACUGUGAAACGGAUUGUGUCUCGCUGUGAUAUCUGUCUCCUGCAGAAUGUGAUGGAUUCUGGAGCCAUCACAACUUUGCUGGCUUCUCUCAACAGGGACACUGACAGGUAUGACGAGUACACCUACCAGUCGGUGUCCAGUGAGAGUCUGGGAAAGUCUCCCGACGACAUGCAGCGUUACAUUUUCAUCUACAGGAUGGAGAAUGUGAACGUGACGGGACAGCAUCAGUACCAAAAAGAAAAUGCCUUCGUCAGACAGCCGUUCGCCGUUCAGUUCCAAAGCAAGAAAACCGCGAUCAAGACAUUUAUUCUGGUUCCUCUGCACUCUGAUCCCAGUCAUGCCGUCCAGGAGAUUGACCGGCUCUACGACGUCUUUGAAGAAGUCAGCAAGAAAUGGAGCAACACGGUGAGGAAAUGGGAUCUGAAAUGAAGAUGUCGGAUCUCAAACUGAAUAUGAACGAAAGUUUCAUCUGCUUUCCAUCAAUGGUGGUGAGGGGGAGUCUCUGGUCAUUUGUCUAACAUUCAUGGGCGAGCGCAGAAAACAUAACAUUAACUUUUCGUGAUUGAGGGCUGCACGUUGGUGUAGUGGCUAGCACCGUCACCUCACAGCAGAGGGGCCUGGGUUCCAUCCCCGUUCCCGGGCGAUUCGGCUCGAAAUUGCCCGUA